AUGGACUCAGUCCUAUCAAAUUCUCAGGGAGCUCGCUCCCAAUCUCAGAUCCCAUCGGAUCAAAUCACUUCGGAUGUCAGCAGUGCCAAAACUGCAGACACAUCGAAAAACCCGAUCACCUCGCCAACUGGCAGCAGCCAAACUGCUAGUAGAUCGAGCGUCCUGAUCGAUCCGGUUAUCACCUCCGCGGCAGCGAACUCGAAUGUUCCAGCCCGCGUGAAACCAUCGGUGAUCAACCUCGUCACUCCUGUGAUAGCCGAGAACUCGAUUCUACCGAAUCAGAUCUCGCACGCAAUUGAGAAACCUCAUUUGCGGAUUCGGGUCAAAUCUAAAGAUUUCCCGAUUACCUCGACACCGAUCAGUCGGAAAUCUCCGACGCAAACUGUGUCAACAUCGUUUGCCUUGGCUCGACCGAAUCCGGACGACCAAGCCCGAAUCAAGCGAAUGCUCACCGACCUGAUUAACAGUCAAUACGACCAAAAAAUCAGGUUGGAAAAAUAUGAACGAAGUCUUGCUGAGCUACGGACGAUUAUAAGUCCUCCUCCGGGAACUCAGCUCGACUCUUCACCAAUCUACAAACCUAACAGCUCGUCGAAACGGGAUGAGGCGCCACUGCGUGCUCAUGUCUUCCAGACUCUCGUCCCACCGAUGAGCUCGCCAAUGAGCAGCUUGAACAUUCCAGAUUCAAGCAAAUCGGAGAUAGGAUCUCAGCCAACAGAGCGACUUCCAUCUCCACCUCCAAAGCUAUCACGUAUCGAGCCAACUAUAUUUAGAUGGCCCGAAACUAUGGCUUCCAACUCAAGCUUGCAGGCGAUGUCUCAGCUCAAAAAUCAGUCCGAUGAAAUUUUGAGCUCGCAGCUCCCUGCAACAGCUCGAACUGUUGUUAACGGAAACUAUCAACAGUUUCCCGCAACAAAUGAUCUAGUCGAUCGAGCUCAAUUUCAUAGAGCAAACGAUCCGACAGAUCUAGCUCGAUUGACAAAAGCAAACAGCUCGUCAAAUCAAGCUCUAUCCCAUCCGAUUUCAACUAAUCGGAUUCCUGUCGAUCCGCGAAACCUUUUGGACCGCGAAUCUUUCGAAAGGUUCCAGGUCCAAACAAACCUCGCAUUCUGGCAAGCGAACUCAACGUUUAACCAAACAAUGAGUUUGAUUCCAGAUAUCGACAAAGUAAUCAGGGAGACACAACAAACUCCCUUCUCAUCCAGGAUCGCUAACACCUGUCUGCGCGAUACUUACAAGCUACGUAUCCCAGAAUACUCUGGUAACAGCGAUCCACGAGCUUAUAUUCGAGCUCUUUAUCUCGAAAUACUUCGAGCUCAGUUUUCUCCCGAAGAGAUAGAAGCAGCUUGCUGCCAACUCUUUGUUGAAAACCUAGCCGGACCAGCUAAAAAAUGGUUUGAAACGCUGGAUGAAAAAUCAAUAGAUAAUUUCGACCAGCUGAUUUCGGCAUUCGUAAACCAAUAUUCGAUCUUCAUCGAAUCAGAAGUUUCGGAAGCCGAUCUCUGGAAGCUUUCUCAAGCUCCAAACGAAUCACUUCGAUCCUACGUCAAUAGAUUCAAAGCAAUCAUUGCUAAGAUCGAAAACCCUAACGAGGCAGUAGCUCUACUAGCCUUCCGAAACAACCUGUGGUACAAAUCAAAAUUCAGAGAAGAACUAAUCGUUCGACCUCCUGUAUCACUCGACGAUGCACUUCGCUGCGCGUCAACCUUUGCUACUUUUGAAGAGGAGAUCAAUCUCCUCCUAGAAAGACAUCGCAAAGGAAGAUUACCGCAACACUCUCUUUCAUUGCGAACUCAGUUCUCAAACCGAACCCGAGUUCCGAUUUAG